GAUCACACAAAUUACCACGGACACAUUUUUGGCUUUGCACCAAACGCUUUAAUUUUCUGAGAUCUGAAACCUGCGGGCGAAUGGUGCUCAGUUACAAAAGAACUUAUAUUUGAACUUUACGGAUUUUUCCUGCGUUGGAAUACUGAAACAUGACCUUUUUGCGCGCGUCCUGAAAAGUGAUUUUUGUGCUCAGAAUUACACAGAAGCGGAGCAUGGAGAACGGCACUUUCAGCAACGGAACUUGGACUGAUAACAGUGUCGAAUACAAGGUGGUGAGCAUCUUAUUAGUGAUCCUUAUUUGUGGAGUUGGAAUUGUUGGGAAUGUUAUGGUCAUUCUUGUGGUCUUGACAACCAAACACAUGCGUACCCCGACUAACUGCUACUUGGUGAGCCUGGCAGUUGCCGAUCUCAUGGUUUUAACUGCAGCCGGGCUGCCCAACAUCACUGAGAUCCUUUUCGGCGGUCAGUGGGUGUACGGAUACGCCGGGUGCCUCUCCAUCACUUAUUUCCAGUAUCUGGGCAUCAACGCGUCCUCCUGCUCCAUCACAGCCUUCACCAUCGAACGCUACAUCGCCAUUUGUCACCCGAUAAAAGCGCAGUUCAUGUGCACCCUCUCCAGAGCCAAGAAAAUCAUUGUGCUCGUCUGGGUUUUGACGUCCCUCUAUUGCGUUAUGUGGUUUUAUCUGCUGGACACGAGGGAGAAAGUUUAUGACAACGCUGUUCUUGUGACGUGCGGCUACAGAGUGUCAAGAGAACUGUAUUUGCCUAUUUAUUUUACAGAUUACGCGGUUUUCUACGUUAUCCCGCUCUUGUUAGCCACUGUUUUAUACGGAUUGAUCGCAAGAAUUCUGUUCCUCAACCCACUCCCGUCGGAUCCCAAGGAAAGUCGAAGAAAUUGGAAGAAGUCGUCGUCUAUGCACGGGAACUCCAUGAGUUCAUCCAACACCACGACUGUGGCUUCUCGGAGACAGGUGACGAAGAUGCUGGCAGUGGUGGUGAUCCUCUUCGCUCUACUCUGGAUGCCAUACCGCACAUUAGUGGUGGUCAACUCCUUCCUCAAGGAAGCUUAUCUGGACACUUGUUUCCUUUUGUUUUGCCGUCUCUGCAUCUAUAUGAACAGCGCCAUCAACCCCAUCAUCUACAAUGCCAUGUCACAAAAGUUUCGCGCUGCCUUCCACAAACUGUGCCACUGCAGGCCUCAGCGCUCAGAAAAGCCCCCAGCAUACAGUGUGGCGCUCACAUACAGCGUCAUCAAGGAGACAUCCAAUGGAGAGAGUCCAGACCACUACACCACUGAGCUGGACGACAUCCGGGGGGCCGCAGAAGAGCUGCUGCCAGAGCGGAAGAGGCUGUGCUUUAAAGAGUCUGCUAAAGGCACACUGGCCACUGCUUAACACGGUUAGAUGAGGUUGCUU